UACUUUUAAAUGAGUUUAUUUUAUAAUGUUUAAAACUUUAUAUGUGUGAAGGAGAUAGGAGGCGGCACAUUCUAUCAGAGACGGUUAGGUUUAGUGAGAGCUAGAACUCUGCUCUCGUCUACGGAGGAGACCGGACUGAAGGCUGAGCUCGACGGAGGAGACGGGACGGAAGACUGAGCUCUCGUCGACGGAGGAGAGAAACUGUGCCGACCAUCUGCACUGCAUCUAACGCGAAGAUUCUAAUCUGACCUUCGCCGGACGGAUAUUGACGGUGGCCAUCGAACUGAAAAGGGAAUCCGUGAUUAUGAUUGUUGGAAUGUUUGAUUAUGUGGGUUAAUUUAAGAUUAAGUAUGGAUUCUCGAAUUGAGUUUGAUUUGGAGUUUGAAUUGGAGUUAUGUUGCUUGAUGUUCUUGGGGUUAUGUUGCAUCUGUUUAACUUGGUGCAUCUGUUUGUUGGAUUCUUUCACUGCUUGCUUGCUCAGCUCUGUCGCUUCUGUUCAUGUGCCAUUAUAUAUGCUAGUGUUAAGGAUAUAAGACUUCAUGUGUAUCACAAGGGUUUUGAGUCGACUUAUAAACAAUGGAUAUGGCAUGGGGAGACUGAAAAUGUUGGUUCAACAUUUAGUGGACGGGUGGAUGACAAAAAUGACAAUAUCGAUGGUUUCCAGGCUGAAGGGAACAACGAAUUUGAGGAUAAUUCUGGCAUGGCCCAUGACUUUGAAAAUGUUAUUGAUGAUGAAGAGCGUAACAUCAUUAAUCCUGAAAACAUCAAGGAGUUCUUGCGAUGGGAUAUGAUCGAUAAUAGCAUCGUCGAGAUCUUUAUGAGACACUUGUAUGGCUACAUGAGGACCCACGACAUUCAGAAUGUCGGGUUAGUGUGUCCGGACGAUCUCCAGCAUAUGGUAAAAAAUGGAAACCGUAAACCAGUGGAAAGGAUGUUGCUAGAUCAUAAAGAAAAAUCUUGGGUUCUUCUUCCAUUCUUCUGUGAGAGAACACAUCAUUAUACAUUGAUAGUAAUACGUUAUUAUGAAAAUAAAGUGCAUUACUUCAACUCAGCAUUGGGGACGGGGACUUCCAAGAAUCUUACACUGAAGAGUUACAUAAACGAAGCUUGGAGGAUCCUUCGAGUACAGGGGAUGGGUUUUCUUAAACUGAAACCCACGUGGACUGAUGUCGGUAUCGUACCACAACAAUCCGGUGGAACAGAGUGUGGGUAUUAUGUCAUGAGGUUUAUGUGGCUAAUCAUCAGUCUUUGUGCCCGUGAAUCCGUUCCAAUAGAAACGGUGUUCAACUCUUUUGAUCCGUAUACGAUUGAACAACUUGAAGAGUUACGAGAGAUGUGGGCAAACACCUUUCUAGAUGAGUUAGUGAAUUAGCCACUCUAUCCCUAGUGACAAACAAAUUUAGUUUAAUUUGGUAUACUUUUUAACCCGUUUUGUUAGUUGGACACAACUUUGUGUUGUAAGUUGUGUAGUAUUUUAAAUCCUUUUACAUUUUGGUGGAUGUAUACAAUGAAAUUUAAAUUGUCCU